GUCGUCAACCAAUGACUGAACCGUGACUGCAUUAUUGUUGACAAGGUUCUGCCUGCCUGCGAUGAGUGAACGAGAACCUGUAUACCCAUUUUUCGAGAGAAUCAGUAGUUCUAGAACAUCGUCAAAUGUGGGUUGAGGGAAAGUAUCGGCCAUAGAACCACCGGAAUCAUCCACUGGAAUUGAUUGCGAGGCAUAUGUACCCUGGACAUGAGGUUUCUUCUGACUCUGCAAUUUUAUGAAAUGCAGCGAGACACCCGUCCCAUGCAGCGAAGACGAACCUCACACUCGAUUCUGGACAAAGGUCCAUGGCGGACUGUACCGAAUCGGCGCAACAUGCAAUUUCUGACUUCACGAGUUGAAUCCUGAAACGACACGAUGAGCAGAAUUCUUUUUUCCCAGCGUGGAAAUCUAUACUCGCUGUAAAGUAGAACUGAUAAACGUAUGUGAAUGACACGCUUUGGCAAGUGCCUGGGUGAAGAAUCGCUUGCAUGGAGACGCGAUUCGCAGUUUGCAAUGAGCAGGUUCGAUUGCUACGUCUCCGAUGAUUGGUACAGCAUACAUUUUUCCACAGGUUUACUUUCCAAGUCUUGAAGAUGGCAGAGACCACAACGGAGUUACAAUGAAUUGUGAGCUUUCAAUGACAGUCUUCUAUCGAUGGUCUCUGAGUCAUCACAGCCUUUUGGAUUCGGGACGUGGGCUUUAUAGCGUCAGACGUCUUUGUGAGCUGAAUCAUGAACUUGGCUUCGAGGUUCUGAAGACUGAGCACGUUCUCUGAGCGAGUAAAACACGGCGAGAGGCAGUUGACGACGAUUUUGUCCUCAGCUCCCUCCCUCGCGCCCUAUUCAGGAUGCUCAGGUAUGCACAAGUGACUGAUUCGUAGCAAGGAACUGAAGCGAGGCCAAUCCCAUCCCGGACCCAGAGCCAGGCCUAAGCCCAGGGCCCCAUGAUGAUGACGAUGGAUGGAUGAAGCGGUUUGUGACUGGUGUCGAAGGCGCUGCAGUGUAUUGAUGCUCUAAAAUCCGAGCGAAUCGGAUGUGGGCCUACAUUUCCUGAAUCCGAGACAGAAUCCAAGAGAUGCAUAUGCAUGCCGACUUACGGGUGGAGAAUGCACCUGCACGUUGUCCUAUUGCUCGACCUCCCUCGUGCCCCCGACUCGAGUCAACUCGUAGAACUUCCAGGGAAAAUGGAGACAGGAAGGAGGCAGGGCGCAGAGAGGAGCAGAUAAGUCCAACGAGUACUAUUGCAACAAGCAGCGAGCGAGCUCAAUGCCAUAAUUGGCGCAACUGAGCGUUGCAAAUCCGUCUCGUCGACGUGUUGUAAUCUGCUCAGUACUUCAACUCCUUUCGGUCUCACUCGCUCACUAGCUCACCGACUGACCGACCGACUGACUGACUGGCUGGCGGGCUGACUAUUGGCGUGGCUCACGAUAAGCUCGGGAUUCCAUUUUAACCCUCUCGCAGCAGCGUUAAUUGCGUAGCUUCGGCGCUAUGUUGGCCCGCCAACCUAUAACCCAGACAUGCUGGUGGUGCAGCUCGCUGCCUUGAAUGUAUCUGGCACAAAUCCUCCAUAAAGCAUUUGCAUUCCGGUGACACAUUCUACAAUGUGCUUUAUAGGCUUGGGAGGGUUCGUGCGUGCCCACCGCUCUGAAGCUCUGGCAAGUGGGUAUCAGUCCAAAAAGGCUUUGUCAUCGUCGGACCGAGCGCCUCAGCCUCCCCUACUCUUCUGUGAAAGCCCCACUGUAGGAUCAGUCAGGCGGAUUAGAAUGCAUGCUUGCAGUCUUGUCCCGUCUCGCACCAUGCACAGCCACGGAUUCUCUCUCGACGGUGGGUCAAGGCAGAGGCCGAGACCGAGACCAAGGCCAACCUUUAGUGUUGCCAGUGUAUGGCUCGAUGUUCGGCGAAAUGUACGCCAUCCGAGAGAUCAAAAGCUCACAGACGAAGUUCGAGAAGAUGUUUUCUCUUCGGGCCGGACGUGAUCGAUAUCUGGCUCCGUGGACAUGGAACUCUCCUCUUGCUCGAGUCAGCGCGACUCCUUUGUCUAGUCAGCUGACAUCUUUUUCAUAUUAGACUGCGGUUUGACGUGAAUGUCAGCAGGCAAUCACACUAGAACCAACCAUGGCCGACUUUCGUGUACAGUGAUGUGCCCCCAAGUGUGCCAUCAACGUGUUCGAUUCUGCUGUUCCCACCCUCGGAUGGAAGGCUCAGCUGAAGUUCAAAUCUCGGCUGGUAAGUCGAUCGGAACUGUCAAGCUGCUCCCUGACAAAGAACCGAGUCUCCCCAUCGUCGACAUUAUCGUAAACUCACCCACCCUGAUUAGAGCAGUUAAGCGACUUGUAGACAACAGAAGACAAAAUUAAUCGUGUGAUGUGAAAUCCAUGAGAUAUGCUGGACUAGCGGGGCUCGUAAUACGAAAUAGUUGCAGUGCAAGCUCCUGCGCAACAACCGGUUGCUCCCUCAGCUUUCGAUUCAGAUGGUUUGGAAAGUAGAAACUUGUAGCUUCAUGCUCUGACCAGCAGCCACUGUAGUUCCAAUUUGCUCGUUCAGGACUUGUGUCUCUUUGCCAUUUGUGAUCUCGUAAUUAAUGUACAAGACUUUGGC